UCUUUCUCAUCCUGAACAAUCAGGUCUAGCGCGAUGACGCGACCGCCAAUUUUAACGCUAAUUAGCAUUUCAGUCUUCUCUGUAAUUGCUUCUACUAGCGGAAUAGGUAUUCCACUGGGUGGAGUAGGCGGUUUACUUGGUGGAAGUAAACUCGGUGGAGUGGGCGAAUUACUCGGUGGAGAAAAACCUGGACCAGUGGGUGGAUUACUCAAAGGGGCUAAACCCGGUAAAGUAAUAGGCGGAUUGCUGAGUAAACCGGGUAAAGUACUUGGUGCACUACCUGGAAAAGAUAAGCUAGUUGGAGCAGCAAGUGGAUUAAUCAAACAACAUAAAUUACCUGGAGCAGUGGGUGGAUUGCUCGGUCAAAAGAGUAAGAAGUUAACCGGAGCAGUCGGUGGAUUAAUCAACAAACAUAAAUUACCUGGAGGAAUAGGCGGAUUGCUCGGGCAAAAGAGUGAGAACCCAGAGGAUUGUAAAAAAACUCGUGGCAUCAAGCUGGGUGGACGAGUAGGUGGUGAUAAACCUGGUAAAUUAAUAGGCGGAUUAACCGGUGGAGUUGAGCCUGGAAAAUUAAUAGGUGGAUUAAUCGGUGGGGAUAAACCUGGAAAAUUAAUAGGUGGAUUAACCGGUGGAGAUAAACCUGGAAAAUUAAUAGGUGGAUUAACCGGUGGAGAUAAACCUGGAAAAUUAAUAGGUGGAUUAACCGGUGGAGAUAAACCUGGAAAAUUAAUAGGUGGAUUAAUCGGUGGGGAUAAGCCUGGAAAAUUAAUAGGUGGAUUAACCGGUGGGGAUAAGCCUGGAAAAUUAAUAGGUGGAUUAAUCGGUGGAGAUAAGCAUGGAAAAUUAAUAGGUGGAUUAACCGAUGGGCCUGGUAAAUUAAUAGGCGGAUUAACCGAUGGCCCUGGUAAAUUAAUAGGUGGAUUAACCGGUGGGGCUAAACCAGGUAAAUUAAUAGGCGGAUUAACCGAUGGGCCUGGUAAAUUAAUAGGUGGAUUAACCGGUGGGGAUAAGCCUGGUAAAUUGUUGGGUGGAUUAAUCGGUGGGGGUAAGCCAUGUAAAGUAAUAGGUGGAUUAAUCGAUAAAGUCAAGGAAGGCCCCGGGGAUGGUGGAAAAGAUGGAGAUUGCGAUAAGAAAGAUUUGACAGGCCCAAAGGAAAGUGGAAGUGGAAAAGGAUCAGGAUAUAUCGAUAAAGGGGAAGGCUCAGAUGGAGAAACGAAGGAAGGGAAGACCGAAUGUUCCGAAGGCGGAGAAUCAGAGGGCGAUAUCUCAAAAGGUGAUCAGCCAACCGACAAGGAUCCUAGUGCAGCCUCUGACGACUGCUCAGAUGAUGAUGAUGGAAAAUCCCGGAAAUCUGGUGAUGACGGAAUUAUUGUAAAUCGCCUCAUAGGGUGAAGAAACAUGAGCAUUUCAUUUUUUGUCUAUCAUCAUGCAGAAUUUGAAAAAUUUCAAUUUCAAUUUCAAUUUCAUUUUCCGAAGGUCAAUCUUUGACUGCGGUCGUGGAUCCUCAUAAUUUUUAUGAAAGAAUCAAGAGCAUUAGGCGUAAAAGAGAAUAUAUAUGAUAUCUUUUUAUGUUUAUGAUAUUUAUUUCGAGCAUAUCUAUGAUCAAUACCUAAUAGAGGAUUGACGUCAAUGUCAUUGGGUAAAUCAUCAGGUGCAGAGGAACAAUAAGCAUCGAUAUGUCUCAAUAACGCGGAUUGACGAUAAUGUACACUUGAAUUAAUAAAAUUUCACGACUGUAGAUAUAAGAACACGAGAUGGAAAACUUUCUGAGCGUGAUAUGCUGUUUUCAUAAGGUCGCGGUUCAAAUAAAUAGGUGCAAUCAUUCAUUGUCGAUUUUUAGAAUCUGGAAUGAUUUCUCACCAGAAUUUAAUGUCGAUAGAAACUUAUUCUAAUCCAUGCGCAAUCGUCUUUUAGUAUUAUUCAUAAUAAUAUUUUAUAAACUACGAAUAUCACAGUCCCAUGUGCAACGACUUCUUUUUUCUCGAGUUCAAAAUAAAAAUGAGAAUUCAGAAAAAAAAAACGAUUAAAAAAUGGUAAAGUGGAAAUUCUGGAUUUUAUUAGAAUAUUGGUCUUUUUCUUACUCGUCGUUAAUUAGCAAUAAUUUAAUACUCCAAGCCCUUAUACUUAAUCAAUUUUAUGUUAUCAAUAUCAGUGAUGGAUUAUCACCAUUUUCAGGUAUUUUGGAGAUAUUUUCACAUAUCGAUCGGUGUAAAAUUAUUAUUCAUAGACUUUCGAAAUAAUUUUCUGACCACGAGAUGUUGUGGCAAUUGUAUUGACGGAAUAUUUUCCCCCGUAAUCGAUGACUGAAUUGUUUCAUCCUAUUCUAAAUUCAGGAUUGAACUCCUUACGAAUGCGAACACUCGGAUGAUGACCAAUUGGAUGUCCACUCCCAGGAAAAGGGAUUCCCUGAAAAAAUGGAUUUUCAUUUAUCGCCUUAGAGCACAUCCAGUGUGUCAAAAUAAAAAUAAUUGGACGUUGUUCUUUGUCAAAUUGUGAUAACACUCGGAAACCUACUCAUAUGUUUGUUUGAAAAAAUACAAAUUUUUUUAUCUCGGGUAGACAUGUUGGUGAAUGGGGCUUUAUAUCGAAAAAAAUCCUCAUUAUAUCCGGUUCAAGUUAUAUAAAAGGACUGGAGUCUGUGAGGGAGCAACAUUCAUCAUUUUACCUCCAGAAGAAGAACUGUCCCAACAGCUACACCAUGAGGAACUUUUUAAUAGUAUUAUUCGCUAUUAUUAGCGUAGCCGCGGCACAAAACCUGGGCAGUCUUUUGAAUUCAAUCAUCGGAGGUGGUGGUGGUGGUAGUGGUGCAGGCAGCGGUGGAGGUGGUGGUGGAAUCAUCCCGGGAUCAAGGGGAGUCCUCGGUGGUGGUAGCCCACGGGGACCUGGUGGAGUCUUAUCAGGAAUUGGUGGAAUCUUUGCUCCUGGUGAACAACCUGCUCCUGGUGCACAACCUGCUCCUGGUGCACAGCCCACUCCUGCUCCACAACCCGCACCUGGUGCACAACCCACUCCGGGUCCACAACCCGCUCCUGGCCCACAACCUGCUCCUGGUCCACAACCCGCACCUGGUGGAGAACCAGCACCUGGUGGAGAACCAGCAACUGGUGCCCAAGUAGAAGUCUAAAUAUCACUGAAAAAAUGUAAACAAACAAUCCGUCCAUUUUUUAAAGAGAUUCAAAAUGUAUCUGCUACUACAAUUUUACCUCAAUAUCAAAUAAAUAUAUUUUUCAAUGGAAA